AUGACAUCGAUUCGAGCCAGCCCAUGCCUGGCAGGAGCCGCCGCGGCGGGCCCCGCCGCUGGAGCACCCGGCGCGCGCCGCGCCGGCCGCCGAGACCCCAGCUGGGGCCGACAGUGCACCGCGGACGCCGUGCUUCAGGAGCCGCGCCCUGCCUGCAUCUGGGCGCCCGCCGGCGGCGCGGGCCCGCCGCCGGGGGAGGCCGCGCCCCGCGAGGAGGCCAGCCCGCCGCCCACGCCGACCGGCCAGCGCCAGGGGCGACAGCGGCGCCUGCUGCGGCUCGGCGCGGCGCCCCUUCGGCUGCCGGAUGGCACGGGCGGGGGCGCAGCAGCGGCGGAGCCGCCCGCGCCGUGCCCGUCCUUAUCCGGCACGCACUGGUCGAUGACUUCGUUCAAGCUGGUAGACACGGACACCGACGCGUCCCAGUCCUUGGGAAGUUCUGCCGAUCAGUCGAAGGCGCCGCAAGGCGCAGUCCUCGGCCCUGGCGGCGGCUCGAAGUUGCGGUGGGAGACUGAGCCACUCGCGGCAGGUCAGUCAGGCCACGAGGCCAAGUAGUCUCCCAGCGGCCGCGUGGCCGCAGGCUCUUCGGCUGCGGGAUUCCGCAUCUGGUCUUUCAGUCUUCCUCCUUCCCCUUCUCUCCUCCUUGUCCCUGUUCCUCACAUC